UCUCCUCCAGACUGCAUGCAGUUUGGUAUUAAAAUGUUUUCAGUACCACCAACCAUUGUGUUGUUACACAUUUGAGAUGAUAGACACACGCUGAGCGGCUUGAACGCAUUAUAACGUCACGCUGAUAACCGGGACUGACGGCGCUCGCGGCGAACAACGUUCCAACGGUUAUUUUUGAUGUUGUAUCCAAAAAGUGCAGAGCUACUGUAGGCAGAGCAAGCUAGCUAACGUUAGUCAGGUCGGACGGCGGCGAGGCCCCAACCGGACGGGAACACGGGGGAACCAUGGCCAACAUCGCAGUUCAGAGGAUAAAACGGGAAUUCAAGGAGGUUCUCAAAAGCGAAGAGACGAGCAAAAACCAGAUAAAGGUGGAUCUGGUGGAUGAGAACUUCACAGAACUUAAAGGGGAGAUAGCAGGGCCACCUGACACACCAUAUGAAGGGGGUAGAUAUCAACUAGAAAUUAAAAUUCCAGAGACGUAUCCAUUCAAUCCACCCAAGGUGCGGUUUAUCACGAAGAUCUGGCAUCCCAACAUCAGCUCGGUCACAGGUGCAAUAUGUCUGGACAUUCUCAAAGACCAGUGGGCAGCAGCUAUGACACUGAGGACGGUUCUCUUGUCACUACAAGCCUUAUUGGCAGCCGCAGAACCAGAUGAUCCACAAGACGCAGUGGUAGCCAAUCAGUACAAGCAGAACCCAGAGAUGUUCAAACAGACAGCGAGGCUCUGGUCUCAUGUCUAUGCAGGCGCUCCCGUCUCCAGUCCGGAGUACACACGCAAAAUAGACAAACUCUGUGCCAUGGGCUUUGAAAAAAAUGCAGUAAUAGUGGCGUUGUCGUCAAAAUCCUGGGACGUGGAGACAGCGACAGAGCUACUGCUCAGUAACUGAAUCUUGACACCCUCUUCAUUUUCCUCUUGAUCCCUGUCUCUCCCCCCCCCGCCCCUCCUCACACAUACACACCCUCUCUCCUCCGAAAUUCCCGCUGUCUCAAGGCAUCUAUUCCCCUGUUGCACACUCUGUUUCAAAGUGGACUCCUCACCUCCACACUACCCCUCCUCCUUUAUCCUCUCUGCUCAUCACCUUUGCUGUACCACACUCCAAUCAGUCGCUCUAUGAGCUCUUAUCUCUGGUUUCUUUAAGUUGAUUCAACAUUCCACUCAGCGCUACAAUCAGAAAUUCAACCACAUCUUCGCCCCUUUUGAAGCAAAUGCCAGACUUAAGACCCCGCCCGUGCCCGCCACUCUCCAGCUUUUCUGGCUGUGACCAAGAAGCGGCUGUCAGCGGCUUAUCCUUGCCUAUGCAGUGCAUUUACCUUCAUUCGUGAAAACCUUUGUAGGAGCGAGUCAAGCCAUUCAAGGAGGCUCUUUUUGACGUGGUCAUGAUUUUUACACACUUAUGGGCUGGUCUUCUAAACAGGGAUUGUGCUGAGUCCUAGACUAAACACAUUUUUAGAUUGGUAUGGUUCUGUCAUUUCUUUGGGCAGUGUCCAACAUCACUACCAACACCUGUCACUGAUCUAACACAGUAAACACUCAGUAUUUUGGGGCGCUCUGUAGUGGUAUAGGUUGCUAAAUGAGUGGUAAAUUCAAAUUUUCAGGACCCCUCUCAUUAUCUUGUUGCAUGACAUUUUGAGGUCACUAUAAAGCGUAAACAUGUUUUCAUGUUAAAUUUGGACACUGAAAUAAAUUUGUGGGGAGUCUAUACAGUGCACCAGGUAGCAAGCAUGGAGUUACACAAACACAGAAUAGGACGAGGCUUGUUCCCUGUUCUGGAAGCCAGCUCUUAAAGUGUCACAGAGGUGUUCACACAGUAGCCAUACUCAUUUUCAUACCACGAUCCCCACCCCCCGAUGAACCCAAAGCUCCUGCAGCAAACCCCAGCUCCCAUCCCCCACACCUGUUCUCGACAUGGCUUACAUCACCUGCCCGCCCCCCCCCCCCCCCCCCCCCCCCCCCCCCCCCCCCCCCCCCCCCNCCCCCCCCCCCCCCCCCCCCCCCCCCACACACACACACAUUUUUUAAAACUUUUAUUUGGUUUUGGCCUCCUGCAGGAAUACAUUUGGAUUCUUGUUUUUAAAACUGAAAGAAAACAAAACAAACAAAUAAUAAAAAAAUAAAUAAAAACAAGUUCAGCAGUAACACAACCUGUCACAAGUCUGGAUGGAAAUAGUUCAAAACAAGUUUGAAAAAUAUUGCAUCAUCUUAACUGCGCCAACAGAUAAAUAUGUCAAAAAUGAUUCAUCUGUAAAUAAAGAUAAUAAAGUCUGUGUAAAUUAA